AUGAAGCGGAAAAAAGGGGACGAAGACCAAGAGCCGGGCCCUUCGAAUGCCGAGCCUCCCACCACUAAGGCCCCAGCGCGAAAACGUGAACCGGCUGCGAAGAAGGUGCCCAGUACAGUUAGUGUUGUUGAUGAACAGAAAGGUCCGCACUCCCGGUGGCGCCGCAUGGCAGAGCUUCUGAAGCGGGCACGCAGCGGACGUUUGCCUGUCCUAUCCCCACUCCGUCUAUUCAAUUUUAUCGUUGCUGAUUCCGAUUCGCGGGGCACUUGGGUAGAAAUGAGAGAAAUGACGGAGGGCCAAGUGCCGUUUUCCAAGCGCAUCUACCUCCCGCUGCAGGCGCACCUCCCCUCAGAUUUGCUGGGGUUUGACAACACGGGCAACGUGCGAAUCUGGGGCGCAGGGGAGGCCUUGAGCUACUAUUUAUUAGCCAAUAAAGCGCUGUUUGCCGAUAAAGACAUCCUCGAGCUUGGCGCCGGGCUUGUUGGGCUGCCCGCGCUUUGCUGUGACGAGGCAAAAAGCCUGAUGAUCACUGACGGCAACAUGGAAUCGGUGACAAACUUGGAGCUAGUAUUCGAUGCCGCGUUUCCGAAAAGGAAGAACAAUUUGGUAGAUUUCAAACCAUUACAACCAGCCACCCAAACUGCCGCGAAAACCCCCUCAAAAAUUCAAAUCCAAAAAUUCGUGUGGGGCCCAGAGAAACUCGGCGAUUUCGACGUGAUUCUCGCGGCAGACUGUGUUUUCUUUGAAGCAGCACAUAGUGCUCUGAUCGAAGCAUUGGCUGCCAAUUCCUCGCUGGAUACCCUCAUCCUCCUCUGCUCACCCCCAAGAAAGAAAAGCCUUGAAACAUUUUUGCACCAACUUGAAAUUGAUGCCCGUUUCUCUUCCGUUAAAUGUGUCGAGUUUGAUAGAAUGCUCGUCCCGCAUCUGCCUGAAUUUGUCGAUCACGACCAAGAGGUCCCGCAACUGUAUUUGUUGAGAAAGAUUGAAUUACUUCGUUCCCUCCACCACUCGGCGAUCCUUACGGCCAAGGACGUCACCGACGCGAUCAAGGAGGACUCGAACAUUGUCGCCAAAUUUGAUCCCGAGGAAUCCAUCAUCCUGCUCGACACCCCACCGCCCGGCCCCAGCGCCUCGCCGGGGCCCCGGAAUCUGACUGCCGCCUCGACGUGCACGUCGGGCCCCGACUCGAAAUAUCUGGAAUGGCAACGAGAGCAGGCGCUCAACAGCUUGGCGCGCAUUGAGGAGGAGCAGGAUUCUCGACCACCGAGCGCGCAACCCGAACUACGGGACAGCUUUGACGAUUCGUUUGAGACAAAGGCACCAAGUCCAGCCCGCAAAGCCAGCCGCUCCUCUCUGAAUGGCGCGCUGCCUUCGAAGACAAUAGUGAAGCCAAGCACACCAGCGCCUUUCUCCACUUCCCGGCACGAGCUGUUCUCGCGGUCACGGCUCGAUGAAACAGAAUUAAAUGCGACUGGGGCCCUCCGAUUCCUGGGCUAUCACGACACACCCAGCAAAACGUCCAAUACCAGCUGCCUUCAAUCGGAAGCCUCGGGAAAAAUCAGGCCUUCCACGUCCAAGCGUUUUACGUUCGAUUCGUUUGACGAGGAUGGUGAGCCGCCGGGCCCCGCACCAGCUGCACCACCUGCGCCAGCUGUUCGAACUUCUUACGAUUCGUGGGAUGGCGAUGAGGAGUUCCAGCUUCUCCCUCGGAGCACCCCGCAAAAGUUGAAAAUGUUAAAAGAGCCUGCCAAGCCUAAUAACCCCUUCAAAAAGAAUCCUGCAAAAACGGCGACCCCAGCAAAAUCGCAAGCAACGGUAGCGCCGAAACGACGGUCGGAUUGUGAUCUUUAUGACUCGUUCGACGACGACGACGACUUUAUGCCCAAAUCAACACAAAAAAUGACGAACCGUGUCCCAUCGCGUACCCCGGCAAAGAACGGACCGACGGCGAGGACGGGUACAAGGCCUGAAAAUGACAAGCCGGGAACUUCAAGCUCGGGGCCACAAAAUCUAGCAAAAGAGUCGUUUUUCGACGACUCUUUCGACGCGUCAUUUGGCGAAAGUCCGGCCGCGGAGAAAGAAAAAGCGAUACCCGACACACCGAAAAGCCGAAACGAUUCGUCAUCGCGAUCUAAACAUGGUAGCGCCCUUCGCCCGGUCAAUGAAGUGGCAGAAGCCGAUGCCGCCCCGGCUCCAGCAAAGCGCGUAUCCAAAUUGCAAAAUUUCUCGUCCUUCGACUUUUUCGCCGACGAU